ACAAUGGCAGACACAGACCUAGACCACUGCAACGUUUGUAAUUAUCCGCAGUACAUGUGUGAUCUCGGGUUUUCAUUUGAACUCCUCAACUGGUUCACCAUAUCUGCAGAUUUCAAGACUAGCAUGGUCAUACCUUGUAAAUAUGGGGGUUAUUGGAGGGGCGAGAUGAAAUUGGAAAUGGAACCACUUCAUGAAUGGUACGAGUUCGAGGUAAAGAAAAGAGGGGCAAAAUUCUACCUCGGAGGCGAUUGGGAGAUGUUCGCGAACAUUUACAAUAUUAAGCAAGGCGAUGAGCUGUGUUUUGUCCUUGGCCCAAUCAUCCACGAACACCUAACUGUUGGCCAUUUAUGCCGGCGGUCAGGCGGUAUAGCACUGCCUAGUUGCACCAUUGCGGAAUACGAGGCUGAGCAAGACCGGGACAAGAUGGAGGAAUGUACAACCUCGGUCGACACUCAAUAGUGGAUGAUGAUGACGCUUCUUGCUACCGUUGCCCGUCUCCCGUCAUAAUUUAUUUAAAAAAAUUACGUCGCAUGGGGCGUCUAGCUCGGUCGAGUGGCCAGGGUUGGUCCUGUGACUCAUUAGAUCGACCAAGGUGAAAAAUAGUUAGUCUACACCCUGCGUAUCUAAUAGAGUAUUGAUGGCGAGUGCGGCACCACAGGAAGAGGGCGGCGAUAGGGCACAUCCGCGGCGAAGAAAGCUAGUAUUGUGUUGUGUUUUUUUUUACGGAUUUGACAAGUCUAUAUUGCCCUCCCACAUUACUCCUUUGUUUAGAUGGAGUAUUAGGUAUGGUAGGAUCUGCAAUAUAAUUUUAUUUUGAACCGGUUAUAAGAACAAAAAUGCUUUUAAU